AUUUCACCAUUACCUCCUCUCUCCUCGUCUUCUCUAUCCAAACCCACCUCUCUCUCUCUCUCUCUCUCAAUUCAAUUCUACAAUUGUUGUACUUCAUCAAUUCUUGCAUAUAUCAUCAUCAUUAUCUCUCCAUUUCUCUUCCCCUUGACAACGAGCAUAGAUCAUAAUCUCCUUGUUGGGUAUACUUUUUAAAUUUUUGGGUAAAUGAUUGCGACCUUACGGCAGAGAUAAUGGCAUUGGUAACCCAUCAGAUGCAGGGUUCUUAUGCAACAUUUCCCUCAAGUCCAGUACCAUGGAACAAAGGGAUAGCGUUGAAACGAUUUGUAACAACACUUCACAUGGUUGUAAAAACAGACAGGUUUCUUUCACUAAGGUGCAAAUCUUGUUUAAGUGUAGCAGCUCCUCUUAUCCGAGGACCAAAGGCAAAAUCUUUGAGGGUUUCAGCCUUUAAAGGCAAUUCCCAAAAUGAUGAAUCAGGGGGCAGAGCAAGUGGAUCCAAGUCGGCCAAGAAUUCCGUCAAAAUCUCUUAUGUACAGCAUGGGAGUGAAGAAACCUUGACAGAGUCUCCAAAGAUGCAGGAUGUUCCGCUUUCCUGUGCCUCUGAAGCAGAUGAGACAAUAGCAGGAUCUUCAACUAUACAAAAUUUGUUCAAAAAUUGGUUGAUGCUAUUGCGCACGCAACCACCGAAUGAAGUAAUGGAUGAAAGUUUAGAGGGACCAGACUCGGGGAAAAUAUCAGUAAUGCAGAAUGGGACACAAGAGAAAGAAAGAGGUGAGAUUCUAAAGGCGGUUUGGUGCUUUUUUUGGGGUUUGGAUGCGACAGUAAAGAUACCGUUAUUGAUAUUCGUCCCUUUUUACCUGGCAGUUAAAGUGGUUUACGGAGCUGAAGUUUCGAAGGAGUUGAUGCCUUUGUGGGUUUUGGGGCCUUUGAUUGUCGCUCUCUACAUUAAGAUUCUUCGGGGCUUAUGCGCACUUUAUGUUUUCACCUUCAAGCAGACGGUUAAAGUAGUAAAGAACUUACCAACCUACUACUUGGUGGCAUAUAGUUAUAUUGCUAGUGGAAAGCUUGAAGAGAACAUGCGUGCUCGUUUAUUGCAACCCUUGGUGGACAUUAAGAACUUAGACUAUAAAGAGCUAUUGAAAAUAAAGAUGAAAAAUUUGGGAGCGUGGGCGUCAGAGAAGUACUUGGAUUAUGUCGAAUCAAUAUGGCCUUAUUAUUGCAGAACAAUCAGGUUCCUUAAGAGGGCAAAUCUGAUAUAAGUUUUGGGGAUUGUAAUUUCAGAGAUGUUUGUGAGAGCACAAGACAUUGAGAUUUAAGGGCUUUUUUGGCUUUUAAAUCCCCAAAGGUAGAGAUUGACCCCAUUUUGAGAUUUGGACUGGGGUUCUUCUCAUUGUCUUGAGCUGGUUGAAUUCUGUAAUUUUUAAUUGCACUGUGGUUUUAUCAUCAAAUGAGUUUAAUGUAUUUAUGCAUUGGAAAAGAACAUAGGAAUUACUAGUCUUAAUUGAGGAAUACCUACUACUUCUAUUA